CGGAGGGAUAUUUGGAAAUUGCGUUACUCAAAUAUGAGUGACGAUAAGUCGGACGAUGUUUUGCGACAUUUUAUCAAACAUACUGAGAAAUCAAAUGUAAGAAGGUCGAUCAUUGUUCAAGCAACAAAGAGAAAAGCGUCUGUGAUUGCACUAGCCGCAUUCGGUUUUGCUUGUGCAAGUUAUGUCUACUCUUUGUAUGCUAUAAACCGAAACCGAGAGCUUGGUGCUUCAUUCGAUCAGCAGCCUUCAUAUACCUCUGCAGAGUGAUUUAGCGAGCUUUAAUAUCAGUUGAUGCUAAUGUGUACUCGGGAAGUUAUCUAUAUUUGUACCUCGUCCUUAGUAAUCGGU